AUGGCCUCAAUACGAUGUUAUGGUGGGAGAGGAUUCGACCCUCUACGGAAACUUAUCAUGGAUCAACGGUUGAAAAUAUCAACUGAUUAUCUUAAUGAGGAUGCUGCAACUCAUCAUUUGCCAGUUUAUGUAAGAUCUCAGGAGGGUCUGAAGGAUGCUGACAGGAUAUUAAUGUUGCCAGGGCAACCAAAUGGAGUAAAUUUUUCUCAGUAUUCAGGAUAUGUUACUGUUGAUCCAAAGGCUGGCCGGGCACUCUUCUAUUAUUUUGUUGAGUCUGAAGAGCCUUUGACUAAGCCUCUAGUCCUGUGGCUAAAUGGAGGACCAGCCUGCUCGUCUUUAGGAGCUGGAGCAAUGACAGAACUUGGACCAUUUCAAGUCAAUAACGAUAAUAAAACUCUAUCGUAUAACAAAUACGCAUGGAAUAAUGUGGCAAAUGUCCUCUUCUUGGAAUCUCCGGCUGGUGUUGGAUUUUCGUACUCGAAUACGUCCUCAGAUUAUGUUACUGGAGACAAACAAACUGCAGCAGAUUCUUAUACCUUUCUACUAAACUGGUUUGAAAGAUUUCCAGAGUACAAAGCCAGAGAUUUCUUCAUAGCCGGAGAGAGUUAUGCUGGUCAUUAUGUGCCUCAACUUGUUGAUCUAAUUCUUAACAGCAAAAUCACAAAUCAGACUGCCAUUAAUUUAAAAGGAAUUAUAAUUGGGAAUGCAUUUAUCGAUUUUGAGGAUGAGCUCAGAGGUUCAUAUGAGUAUCUCUGGUCACAUGCUCUCAUAUCAGACGAACUUCAUGAUGGAAUUGUCUCGUAUUGCAAUUUUUCUUCCAUAUCAGAAGUUUGUAAUGGACACAUUGAUCAAGCAGACGAGGCUAGAGGGAACAUCUUCAUGUACAACAUUUAUGCUCCCUUGUGUUCUAUGUCUUCAAACAUUCCCUCGAUAUCUGGAUUCGAUCCAUGCUCGGAUAAUUAUGUCUACAGCUACUUAAACACUCCUGAAGUGCAAAAUGCCCUUCAUGCCAAUAUCACUGGAAUUCCUGGACCAUGGGAAUCUUGCAAUUUUGAUGUAGGCAUUAAUUGGAAGGACAUGCCAGAAACAGUAUUGCCUACCAUUAAGGAGCUGAUGGGUAGUGGCAUUAGCAUUUGGCUCUAUGGCGGAGAUACGGACGGAGCAGUGCCAGUAACAACAACUAAGUAUUCGAUACACAAACUUGGCCCCUCAGUAAAAACUUCAUGGUACCCAUGGUACUCUAGAGACGAGGUUGGAGGCUAUGCAGUUGAAUACCAAAAUCUUACAUUUGUGACUAUUAGAGGAGCAGGACAUUUUGUUCCAAGUUACCAGCCUGAACGUGCCCUCACUUUCUUCUCAUCCUUCUUAGAGGGAACGCUUCCUCCACGUCACAGCUGA